AUGUUUUUCUCUGUCUUACCUCUGAGGACCCUUCCACCUCUGCUUCUCUAGCUAGUUGUUUCAAGGUGGAGGGUUAUAUAUCCAGGUGAGCAGGUAGGGGAGAGCUGGUUGGCUUUUCCGGCUCUGCUCACAAGAAAGCUAUAUGAAUUGAAUGGCUUCAUCUCCAGAAACUGCUCCCUCUAAAACUAUUUCAAACAAUUCAACUAGUAGCUCUGAGCCAGACUCCUCCACUCCUUCACCCAAACCUUCUCCUAGUCCAAACUCACCACCACCACCACCACCCGACUCUAAGUCACCUCCACCACCACCACCAUCCUCUCCCCCGCCUAAGUCCUCUCCCCCGCCUUCCUCUUCGCCUCCUCCUUCCUCACAACCACCACCUUCACCUCCAUCUUCCUCGCCUCCACCUCCACCAUCCUCCUCUCCCCCUCCUCCGCCACCUCACUCUGAUUCACCUUCCUCACCUCCUCCUUCACCUUCCCAGCCUAUCUUCCAACCACCAUCUUCAUCCUCACCAUCGCCCUCCACCGCGACUUCUACACCUACGCCUCCCACUGUUUUAUCUCCUCCGCCUUUGAUCAAUGCACGUUCACCUCCUGGACCUCCCAAGCUAGUGCCUCCACCUCCACCAUCAUCUCCACCAUCUAGCAAUUCGCUGUCGAGGUCUUCAGGUAGCUCAUCCAAUCAUGCCGGGAUUAUUGCGGGGGCAGCCGUUGGGGGCGCACUAGUUUUUGUUAUUAUGCUGCUUGUGCUACUAUGCAUAUGGAGAAAAAAGAGAAAACCUGUGUAUUAUAUGGAUACGACUACAUUUCCUUCUGCUGGAGGUGGUCCUGCGGAGCAUUUAGUCAAGUUAACACCACCCCCUAGAGUUAUGGUGCCACCGUCGGCUGGAUGGGGUGCAACACCUUCCAAUAGUAAUCACCCUAGUCCUGCCUUUUCUGAUGCACGCCAGCUACCUGUACCUAUAUCACCCAACAUGAAUCUAGGUAGGAGCCAGUUUUCUUAUGAUGAGCUAGCCACUGCCACUGGGGGAUUCUCUCAAUCCAAAUUGUUAGGACAGGGUGGGUUCGGGUAUGUCUACAAAGGCGUGUUGCCCAAUGGACAAGAGGUCGCGGUGAAGAGCUUAAAGUCAGGAAGUGGACAAGGUGAGAGGGAAUUUCAGGCUGAAGUUGAGAUCAUAAGUCGUGUUCAUCAUCGUCAUCUAGUGUCUCUAGUUGGAUAUUGUAUGACCAAUGAGCAAAGAAUGCUGGUGUACGAAUUUGUACCAAAUCGCACCUUGGAAUUCCAUCUUCAUGGAAAAGGUCAACCUGUGAUGGAUUGGGCGACUAGGCUCCGCAUUGCAGUGGGAUCAGCCAAAGGACUUGCUUAUCUUCAUGAAGACUGCCACCCAAAGAUUAUCCACCGUGACAUCAAAGCGGCUAAUAUUCUCCUAGAUAAUAACUUUGAAGCUAUGGUGGCAGAUUUUGGACUGGCUAAACUGUCCUCUGAUAAUAUUACUCACGUCUCCACACGUGUUAUGGGAACUUUUGGGUACUUGGCUCCAGAAUAUGCAUCAAGUGGGAAGCUUACAGAGAAGUCGGAUGUUUUCUCUUAUGGUGUCAUGCUCCUGGAACUCAUAACUGGUAGGAGACCGCUUGAUCCUACGAGUAAAUUAAUGGAAGACAGUUUAGUUGACUGGGCAAGGCCACUUAUGACAAAAGUUAUAGAGAGCGGCAAUUAUGAUGAAUUAGUUGAUCCGCGCUUGGAAGGUAACUACGAUCAUCAAGAAAUGGCACACAUGGUGUCAGUAGCAGCCUCCAGCAUUCGCCAUUCUGCAAGACUGCGCCCUAGGAUGAGCCAGAUUGUGCGUAAACUGGAAGGAGAGCAGUUAUCAGUAGAAGACCAAAAACCAAAACCAGGCCAAAGUUUGGCAUCUGGAGUAACUCGAGCCUACGACACAGGAGCAUACAAUGCUGAUAUGAUGAAGUUUAAGAUGAUGGUAAUGAGCAGCCAGGAAUUUGGUAGCAGCGAAUUUGGAGGGAGUACAAGUGAGUAUGGCUGCCAAUGCUCGACCACAAGUUCUGAUUCAGAUGCAAAUGAUGUUUGUGAUAAUGCACAAAAGGUUUAGUGAGAUGAUAAUGUGAAAACGUUUGCCUUGGAGGUCUUCCUGCUGAAUCCCUAUAUGCAUGCUUAUUCUAGGGGGAUGAAAAUGGUGACCAGUAUAUAUAUAUACCUGACAUGUCCCUUUGGGUUAGCAUUGAGGAUGAGUUUGGUUAAUUUAACUAAAAAAAAAUACUGAGGAAGGACUGAAGUUGAGAUGCAGCGCUUAGACUUUGGAGUAUAUGUGAAGGAAGUGGCGUGUAGGUUGUAAUCGACUGUUUGAAAGAUUUUUGUGAGUGUUUCUAUGAUGAGCUAUAAAAUUAAGCUAUCCAUGCAAACAUUUUUCUGUCAU